AUGUCCAGUGAACUCGAGAAAUCCAAAAAAACCAAGAGUGAAAAGAAAAAAUUGAAAUUAAACGAAUCAAAAGGCGUUUCUACAGAUCGAGGGCCAAGAAAAUCCGGGGGAGAUAAUAGUGAAAAGUCGAAAAUUAGUAAGACGAAAGGUGUCGAGGAGAAUGAAAAUUCCGAGAGCAAAGGCAAGCAUAAAAAAUCGAAGCAAAAAAAGUCGAAGGGUGAAGAUAUUAAAAGCUCAGAAAGAAAACGAAAAUCAAGAGAAGUUUUGGGGUCUUCGAACACCGGGGAUGCUGAAAAAAGUGAUGUCGAGUCGGUCAUUAAAGUUGUUAAAAAAGUCAAAACUACGAAAGACAAUGAAGACGUGAAGACCCGGCCCGAAGUGAUUCAAACAAAGACGAAAACAAGUAAUUCAUUAGAAGCUAAUGAAAAUGCAUCAAAUUCCGCGGAAUUACCUUUUGAUACAUCGGAAAAGUAUAUCACAUCAACAGUGAGCAGUAGGCCAGUAGCUGUUAAUGAAAAUAGGCCAACUCCUUUUCGCAAAGUUAACGCAGAAAUGCUAAUUGAUUUACCACCAAAAGCCUUCGAGGAUUUUGAUAAAGGAGUCUUUACAUAUAUUAAUGCAUUGAUAAUGCAAUAUGUCGAAGAACUUGAUGGUAUCGUACUUGCAUAUGAAAACGUUCAAUUAUGCGACAAAACCGGUUAUAUAUAUGAAGAUUCGCCGUAUUGUCAUUUUUUUGUAAGAGCUGAUUUUAUACUUUGGGAUGCAUCGAAGGGAUGCAGAAUGGUCGGAAAGGUCAUUAGACAAUCACCUUUGCAUAUUGCACUUUUGCUUUAUGAGUCAUUUAACGUAAAAAUCAACCGUCAGAGUAUACCAGAUGAUGUAUUCGAGUGGCGGGAUGAUGAUCUCUUUUACGAUGUAAUGUUUUCCGACAAGCAAUUAGAACUUGAUAGGCUAUAUCAAGAUGGUCAAUGGUAUGAUAAACGGACAGGUGAAGGACUUACCGAUUGUUGGAUAGAAUUUGAGGCCGUAGGAUCAGAAAUUGAUGAAGGAAUCAUAUUUGUUGUGGGAUCACUGCAGUAUUAUAGCAAGAAUCCCGUUCAAGAGAAUCGUGAUGCUUUCGAUCAAGUUCAAUUUGAUAUGAGCGCACUUGAUCUUACUAUAGGGACGGAAAAAGUAUUAGACAAUUAUGAGAACAAUUUGAGUAUGUCAAACGAUGAAAACAAUGCAAAGUCUUCAUUAAGCAGCGACUCGUCGGAUUCGGACGAUAGUUCUGUUUCAGAAGAUAUUAGAUUACCAAGCAUUCAAUAA